AUGACUGCAGGCAGACUCCUCAAUUACUCUUCCAGACUUACCAUCUUCGAACACGCCCCGGCAUCCGGCUCCUACCACCCCACAAUUGUUCUAUUCAUUGGCGGGCUUGGUGAUGGUUUAGGAACAGUCCCCUACGUGCCAGCUCUAGCACAAGCUCUUGACGCCCAAGGCUGGGGGGUUGCAGAGCUUCUCUUUUCAUCAUCCUAUGAAGGCUGGGGGUUUGGCUCACUUUCCCGUGAUGCUAAGGAAAUGGCUCGUGCAAUUGGAUUUCUACAAACAAAUAAAGAAACCUCUAAAAAACGUAUUGUACUCAUGGGCCACUCUACAGGAACUCAAAACCUCAUCUAUUAUGCAACCCAAAACAUCAACCCAAGUAUCCCACGCCCUCCUGUCGAUGGCCUUAUCCUCCAGGCUUCUGUGUCAGACCGCGAGGCCUUUGUUAAGUCUAAUGGCGAGGAAAAGUGGCAAGAGGCAUUGGCUUAUGCCCAAGAUCUUUUACUUGCCGAUAUUGAGACUCAAUCCAAAGCUUUAAUCAAGGCCGAAGCACCUGGAUUUUCACCCAUUCCUCCUAAAUAUACACGUCUGUUUUUCGGUGCUCAGAUUUCAUCCUACCGUUGGGUUUCACUCAUGAAAGUCCGCGGCGAUGACGACUUUUUUUCUUCUGAUCUCGAUGAUAAAGAUUUUGAAUCAACUUUUGGUAAAGUCUCCGUCCCCUUGCUUGUUCUUUAUUCAGGAGCUGACGAGUAUGUUCCUGUAAAAGUGGACAAAAAGAGUCUUGUCAAGCGUUUCCAAAAUGCUACAAAAAGUGACUUCUGGAGUCCAUUAUCCCACGUUGUUCCUGAUGCUACACAUAACCUGGCUGAUUCCCCACAGAGUUCUUACGACGAUCUCAUUUCCUCAGUCGUCGCCUUUAUUCAGUCCGUCUAA